CAGAGUGAGCAUGUCCAUAUUUUGUUUGGGGAAAAAGAAACCCCUUCAAGGAGAACCACAACUAGAGACACGACUGAAAGUCUCAAAUGCGAUUAUUUACUUAAAGAAAGAUCUGAGCAACAGGUAAAAACUCGCAGAGACAGUAUGAUUUUGUGAAGGUCUGCAAAUUUCAUGCAUCUGAAAAGAACGCAUGUGUUGUAUUUUUGUCGUCUUCUUGCUGAAGAAGUUUUGCAUUUUUAUCGUAUUAAUCAUGCCAUGUUUUUGGUGAACUAAGGUCGCGUGAGUAUCUUGAAUUUGGUUAGUGCUCGCCCCUCUGGUUCAGCGUGAGCGUCUGCGCACGUCAGUCCGGGGAGGGCAAUGAGAUGCUGCUUAUUAAUGCUGCGCGUGUGACAACAGCCAGGCAGGAGCAGUCCAGACCGCCAGCGCGCGGAGGCAACGGGGGACAGAGAGCGCGCGCGCGCGUGCGUCUACCGGCGCGGGAAAAAAAGAAAAAAUGCGUGAGAAAACAGUGAAGGCGUGAAAAAGCGAGUCGGAGAGAAAGACAGAGAGGAAGAUAAGCGAGGAGAGACAGCGACGGAGCAGAACCCGUGGGGUUCUUUCGAGACGACACAACGCAGACCUAAAGCGCGCACCGAAACGGCGAGGCAGUAGGAGCAGGCACCGAGCAGCGUCGCCCUGGUUUGGGUCGCUGAGAAGAAGAUGACUGUGGUGCCAGGGGAGAACCUGGACGAGACCGUGGCCUUGGCCGGCCUCUGUCACGACGCUUACGAGCCCGAGAGGGCGGACCAGGAGUGCUGCGAGCGGGUGGUCAUCAACAUCUCAGGCCUGCGCUUCGAGACGCAGCUCAAGACGCUCGCCCAGUUCCCCAGCACUCUGCUCGGCGACCCGAGAAAGCGGAUGCGCUUCUUCGACCCGCUCAGGAAUGAAUACUUCUUCGACCGCAACCGGCCGAGCUUUGAUGCCAUCCUCUACUACUACCAGUCGGGUGGGAGACUCCGGAGACCGGUCAACGUGCCCGUGGACAUCUUCAUGGAGGAGAUCAAGUUUUACGAGCUCGGCGAAGAGGUGAUUGAGAAUUUCAAAGAGGACGAAGGUUUCAUUAAAGAGGAGGAGCGCCCGUUACCGGAGAACGAGUUCCAGCGACAAGUGUGGCUCUUGUUUGAAUAUCCCGAGAGUUCAGGACCCGCCAGAGGGAUCGCGAUCGUCUCCGUGCUCGUGAUUUUGAUCUCCAUCGUCAUCUUUUGCCUGGAGACGUUGCCAGAGUUCAGGGAGGACGCCAAGGCGUACGACGAGCACCUCCCGCUGAACGGCACGCUGAGCAUGAGGAAGCCGAACCCGUUCACAGACCCGUUUUUCAUCGUGGAGACGCUGUGCAUCAUUUGGUUCUCCUUCGAGCUGGUCGUGCGCUUUUUGGCGUGCCCAAGCAAGGCGGCAUUUUUCAAAAACAUAAUGAACACUAUCGACGUGGUGGCAAUCAUGCCGUACUUCAUCACACUCGGGCUUGAGCUUGCCGAGCACCAAGGCAACGGGCAGCAGGCGAUGUCACUGGCCAUCCUGCGUGUUAUCCGGCUCGUGCGCGUGUUCCGCAUCUUUAAGCUCUCGCGCCACUCCAAAGGCCUUCAGAUCUUGGGCAAGACGCUGCAGGCGAGCAUGCGCGAGCUCGGCCUUUUGAUCUUCUUCCUCUUCAUUGGGGUCAUCCUCUUCUCCAGCGCAGUGUACUUCGCCGAGACGGAUGACCCCGAGUCAGGCUUCAGCAGCAUCCCGGACGCCUUCUGGUGGGCCGUGGUCUCCAUGACCACCGUGGGUUAUGGAGACAUGUGCCCCGUGACCAUCGGAGGCAAGAUCGUGGGCUCUCUGUGCGCCAUCGCCGGUGUGCUCACCAUCGCGCUGCCCGUACCCGUGAUCGUGUCCAACUUUAACUACUUCUACCACCGGGAGACAGAGCACGAGGAGCAGCUUCAGUACACGCACGUGACGUGUGGCCAGCAGCCCCAGCAGCAGCAGCAGCCUGGCUACGGAGAUUUCGGCAGGAGCGAGAGCAAGCCUUCCCUCUCCAAAUCGGACUACCUGGACUCGGAAGACGCAGACUCAAUCAAGUACACAAACUGCAGCCCCCAUAAAGCCUACACGGGGAAACUCACAGAUGUAUGAGUGGAAAACACAAACACAAAAAGUGACCCGCAAACACACAGGCGCAUUUCUGUGAGCACAAUUCCUCAUCCUGCGCUCCAGCUUGAUUAGAUCCGGUUAUCGAGCUCUGAUUAUCAAGCAGCCUGCGCGCUACACGGAGUCAUUUUCAUUUAAAAACUCAUUAGCAGCGGAUUAAUGAGACGAGGACGUGAAAAAGGGAUGGUUCAGAUCUUUCUUUCUUUCUUUUUCUUUCUUUCUUAAACUGUCUUCCAUGUUUGCGAUCAUCUGCAUCUCUAGCCUCAAAAUAGCCUAGAAAUCUAUAAGAAAACAAUAGGAGAAAUAAUCAAGCCCAGCCUCGUGGAAUAGCACUUUACUCAUGUACUCUUAGGAAUAAAUAAUUUAUUAGGCUAUUAGUUUGGGUGGAUCUGGGGUUUAAAAGUUUACAUAUGAUUUAUCUAUUCGGAACAAAGCGAAAAGGACCAAUAUAUCUAAAUUAUGUUAUAUUUUUAUUAUCUAUUUUAUUUAUAUAUAUUUCCUGGCGACUGCAAGGUCACUCAGUGUGGCUCCCUCUUGUUUUGGUUAAUGCUCCUCUUUUUUUUUUUUUUUUUUUUUUUCCAUGGCUGGAAAGGUCAGGUGUGAUUAAAUAUGAUCAGUAGGCACUUAUCGACGAGCACUUUCACUACACAGCUGUCAUCUUAAUUACAGUUCGUCCCAUUUUUAAACACGUUUUAAUACACUUCAUUUGCCCUGUAUUUUAAUUGAUCUCUAAUUACUGCUUAUCAUCCAAAUAUAUAGGUGUGUAACUACUAAGCCAAAAUACUAAUAAUAAUAAUAAUAAUGAUGAUGAUGAUAAUUAAUAGCAUUUAUGCCUCUGGUUCCAUUUCAAAGAAAGAACAGGAUUAGCAGAAGGUUUGGAAGAUGGCAAAAUGUGCAGCUUUACCAAAACCAGUGUUUGUAUGACCACGUUUCUAAACCUAGAGUGCCAUCUAUUGGACAAGAGAGAGGGGGCGGAGUCUCAGACACUCUUUGGAGACGGAAGUGUUUCUAUAGCAACCUUCCAGACUGUUCUGAAUCUUCUGACAUCAGGCAAUGGCUACGUCCAAACCUGCGUACUACUGUACUAAAUAGUAGGCUAUAUAUGGUAUCUUCUGUAGUUGUACUAUUUUUGCAUAUAUUUCUGUACAGUAGUAGGUGUUUUUGGACGUGCUUAAGGUUUUGCCUUAAGUUCUUUUCCUGCUAGACAAUACCAGGUUGUUGUUGCUUUUAAUUUUGCUGCUUUACAUAACGCCGACCAAGUAAUGUAGCCUACAUAGACAAACGACCUUAGAGUGAAUAGGCCUAUUCGGCAGCUAUAGACGCCCAAAUAAUACUUUUACAAAGAAAGUCUAAAUGCAAGCAACAGAAAAUUGUCGCUUAAUCCUGGCUUCACUUGUCAGUCUGUGUUUCUUGAGGAUCUCGGUAUCAGCAUCGCGGAUGAAAAUUAAAAAAAAAAUUAAAAAAAAAAGGCGCCCAAAUGGGGGGGAAAAAGGAUAGAAACAAAUGUUAUGUGCACUACAGCUGAUUUGGAGACAUUUUCACUUCAUAUUUUCACUCAAAAAUGAACAAACGGAGGACAACAUCAGUGACUGUGACUGGCACUUGCGUCUGUCGCGAGCAGCAGAAACCUGGAAUCUUAUUGGCUGGUUUAGGAGUUUCAGCGACCAAUCACUGAUCGGCAAAAAAGAGAUUUAUGGAACCUCUUUGAUCUGCUGAACUUCUUUUCUGCAGAAGCUGUGGAGCAAAUUCCUGCAAAAGGAGCAGAAAGAUAAAAACAAAAAGAGCAAGCAAAGUCAGUGGAGUCAGAACAGCCUCGCCAAUGUAUGGAAUUGAAGAUCGACGAGACCAGGCAGUAGCUUCACAUGUCAACAAUUCAUUAAAUAAAAGGAGUGUGAGUAUGGUCACGUUCAAUGAACCAUAGAGAACCAUAAACAAUUUUCUUGAGAGCACCUCUAAGAAUCCAUGAUAAAGGAAUACUUUUCACCCAUGGAGUCUAAGUGAAAUUCAAGAUGAAGAAAAACUGACACAGUCUAAAGACAGCAAGUGGCUUACACACUGAACUGAACUGAUUUAGUGGAGAAUUUACUUGAAUAACAGAUCAUAUUCAUAUAUGCUUUAUGAGACACUGUGUUCCUGAUGUAUUUUAGGCUAUAACAACAGAAGUGUGUGAGUAUGAGUGUGUUUGUAUGUUCUCACAGGUACACAUCAAGAAUAUGGCACAUACGAACGUUGCAUAUCAUCUGCUAUACCAAAACAUAGAAUUGCAUGCUUGGAAACAGCAUGCAAUCAGACAGAAUAAUCAAAAUGGCUUCAAAUCUAUUCAUUAAAGAAUAUGGGAGCAAUGGCAGCAUUAAUCAAAAAUAGUUCUGUUGUUUGACAGCUGAGGGUAACAUUGUUAAAUCUAUAUUUUUUAAUCUUUCCUGUUUUUUUAUGGAAACCAAAUUGGUUAGAUUGAUUGGUGAACUUUUUUUUUUUAACGUGUGCUGAUUUUGUGGAAUGAUUUUCUUCUUUCUCGUGAAUGAUUUUGCUUUCAAAGUGUGGAUGAACGUUAGAAUAUUCACAUCAUGUGAACAGCCUCAGUCCCCCUUUUCAACAAUGUUGGCACAGGGCAAAAGCUGCAAGCUUUUGAUUUCACAUUAUUCCUUUUUAUAAUGACAUGGUCAUAUUGUUUGAAAUAACCUUCAGAUCAGAAUGCUGUAUCACCUGUCAUGUAAAGCAUCUACCUCAAUGUCAUGAUCUUCAUUUCUGCCAAAAGCUUUGCCCUGGGAAAGCAGCAUCAGUCAUGUGACUGGGCCAUCAUUAAAGCAAUGUGUUGUUUACUCUG